AUGUUUAUUUUAUAUUUUGCAAGUCCAGAACUGCCGAAAGUACCAGUUUCAGACUAUUUUGAAGAUCCAGAACACCGAAAGACAAGUUUUGGAUUUGAAUUGUACAAAGAAGUAGUUGCACUACCUAUAAAAUUAGCAAAAGGGCAAAACCCUUCUGGACUUCAGAAUUGGCGUUCUCUUUUUUUCUUCUACAAGACUUUGGAAUUAGCGAAAGAAUGGGCUCUUCUGGACUUUGGAAUUGGUGAAGAAUGGGGGACUUUAGAAUUAGUGAAACAUUCAAGUGUGUUCGGCUUGGAGCUUCAAAAUAAAAUGGUUUCGUUAUUCCAAAGAUCUGAAAUGGCAAAGUGGUUCUGUUACUCCAAGUUUCCAAAUGGUUUCAUUGAACUUAGGCAUUUAGUUUCGAUAUUGAUUAUAAGCGUUAGAGUUUUAAAACAGGAUUCUGGAGUUUCAGAAAUGGAAAAACAUCAUCAGAGUAAUUGA